GGAGGGGAGCGAGAAUGCCGCCCCCGGCCGCGCUGCUCCUCACGGCGGCCCUCGGCUCCGCGCCGGCGCGGCUGUCGGUGAGCCUCGCGCCCAGGCCGCCGCGCCUGCGGGCGCCCGCGCGCCGGAUCCGGCCGGCGAGGAUCCGCGCCGCGGCGGCGGUCGGCGGCGAGUUCGGCGGGCUCGGCAGGCGCCGCGAGUUCAUCGGCCGGCUGCGGAACGUGCUGCCGGGGGGCAGGUGGUGGCGCCUCGAGGAGGAGGAGGAGGGCGCGGACGGGCGCGCCGAGGCCAGCGGGGCCACGGCCGCCUCCGCGCUCCACCGGAUGUGGGCCCUCGUCGCCAACGACCGCUGGGUCGUCUUCCUCGGCUUCGCCUCCCUCGUCUGCGCCGCGCUCUCGGAGAUCGCCAUACCCCAUCUGCUCGCGGCGUCCAUCUUCUCCGCGCAGAACGGAGGGGCCGUCUUCUACACGAAUGCCAAGCUCCUGGUUGUUCUAUGUUUGAUUUCCGGAGUGUUCAGUGGUGUGCGAAGCUGCUGUUUUGGUAUUGCGAACAUGAUAUUGGUCAAACGAAUGAGAGAAAUGCUCUUUGAUUCCGUCCUAUCUCAGGAUAUUGCUUUUUUCGACGAGGAAACUGUCGGUGAUUUGACAAGUAGGCUUGGUUCCGACUGCCAGCAAGUGUCUCGAGUUAUUGGCAAUGAUCUUAAUUUGAUUUCGCGCAACUUGCUUCAGGGUAUAGGCGCGCUGAUUUAUCUUCUAAUCUUAUCAUGGCCUCUUGGACUGUGCACUAUGCUUACUUGUGGGACAUUGUCAAUGAUUAUGGUAGUUCAUGGACGGUAUCAGAAAAAGGCAGCUAAAUUUGCACAAGAGUUCACCGCAAGUGCCAAUAAUGUUGCUCAAGAAGCGAUAACAUUGGUUAGGACAGUACGGGUCUAUGGGACCGAAAAGCAAGAGAUCAAAAGGUAUGCAAAGUGGUUGGAUAAGCUGUAUGAUGUAAGCUUUCGGCAGACAAUGGCUUAUGGGGGCUGGAGCUUGAGCUUGAAUUAUCUAUACCAUGCUACUCAGGUCGUUGCAGUUUUGAUUGGAGGAAUAUAUAUCAUGUCCGGGAAGUUAAGUGCUGAGCAACUGACAAAAUUCACGCUGUACGCCGAGUGGCUAAUUUUGUCUACCUGGUGGAUUGGAGAUAACUGGUCUUCCUUGAUGCAAUCUGUCGGUGCAAGUGAAAAAGUCUUCCGCUUGAUGGAUCUCCUGCCUAGCAAGCACCUUACUUCUAAAGGCCUCAGGUUACAGAAGUUAGAAGGGCGAAUUCAGUAUGAAGAUGUAGCAUUUUCAUAUCCGUCAAGACCUUCAGUACCAAUUUUGAAAAGGCUGAAGCUAACACUCAAUCCAAAUGAAGUAGUUGCCAUUGUUGGUCUUAGUGGAAGUGGCAAGAGUACUAUAGUUAACCUUCUACUUCAGCUAUAUGAACCUACAAAUGGGCAAAUACUAGUAGAUGGUGUCCCACUUAGCAAGCUGGAUACCAGAUGGUUUAGGGAGAGAAUUGGUUUUGUGGGACAGGAGCCUAAGCUAUUUCGAAUGGAUGUUAGUGCAAAUAUUAGGUAUGGCUGCCCUAGAGAAGUUAGCCAGGAAGAAGUGGAGUGGGCUGCUAAACAGGCUUAUGCUCACGAUUUCAUAAUGGCUCUUCCUGAUGGCUAUAACACCACUGUUGACGAUGCUCUUCUUAGUGGAGGCCAAAAGCAACGUGUUGCUAUUGCAAGGGCCCUUCUGAGAGAUCCAGCCAUCUUAGUACUUGACGAAGCCACUAGUGCACUUGAUGCUGAGAGCGAACAUUAUGUGAAGAGUGUUAUCACUGAAGUAAGCACCGACCCUAAGGCUGGAAGAACCGUUAUAAUCAUAGCUCACAGGUUAUCCACGAUUCAAGCCGCUGAUAGGAUUAUUGUGAUGGAGAAUGGUGAUAUUGUGGAGGACGGACCACAUAGUGAGCUUAUCAAGCAAGAUGGUUUGUAUUCAAGAUUAGCUCGGCGACAAAAUGAUGCUCUCCCAUAGGAAUAUGGUUCAGUCUACACUGGGGUUUUCCAAGUGGAGCCUCUGUCAUUGGUGUAUUCUUACAACUGACCAUGGAUCAGUUCCAGAUUCUAAUGAUUCACAAAUGCCAACUAACCAAACUAUACUGAAACGGUUACUGUCGCCAAAGGAUCAAAGGGCAGUCGAAGUCCAGCGAUGGCAGUACAUGGAGGAUUCAGGAAAUUGAGUAGUUCGUACAUGAUUCAUUUAGUCACACAUUAUCAGAUGCAACCUGUAACUAUAUAAAUAUAGGCAUUCUGGAGUUCAGAUCAUCGAAACCCUGUAACCAACUGUUGUAUAAGAAAAAAUGCAACAAUUUUCUGGGAUGAAAUAUACUCCAGUUUUGAUAGAA